CGUUAGUUGGAGCACGUUAGCGCAGUGCAAAACAGUUUUUCCAGUCAUUUCUUCUCCUAUCUCCAACACACACUAAAAGCUCCGCUACGAAGUACACAAAUUCUUUGGAUGUGAAAUAUCGAUUUGCAGCGCGAGAAAAGUCCAUCAGCGCAAAAACUAGAAAAAAGUUAAUUUCAUCGAAGAAAAGCGGAAAAUCAAACCAGAAACAACUUCCAAGUGCAAAUCGAAAGUCCGAUAAAUCACAUCGGUGUUUGAAAAACCAGAAAUACGCGAAAAUAAUUGCUCUAGUGAAAAUCGCUGUGUGCACUGAGGAGACCAAGUGAAAAAAAGCGAAAGUAGCAGUGAUGGCGUUCGCAGGAUUGAAAAAACAAAUUAACAAGGCGAACCAGUAUGUGACGGAAAAAAUGGGUGGGGCGGAGGGCACUAAGCUAGAUAUGGACUUCAUGGAAAUGGAGCGCAAGACGGACGUCACCGUUGAACUGGUCGAAGAGCUGCAGAUGAAGACAAAGGAAUUCCUGCAGCCCAAUCCAACGGCGCGUGCAAAAAUGGCUGCCGUCAAGGGCAUCUCCAAACUGUCCGGCCAGGCUAAAUCGAAUACGUAUCCACAAGCUGAAGGUCUACUCGCCGAUUGCAUGCUAAUGUACGGAAAAAAAUUGGGUGAGGACAAUAGCGUAUUCGCGCAGGCGCUUGUCGAAUUUGGUGAAGCGCUGAAACAAAUGGCUGAUGUAAAAUACUCACUCGAUGACAAUAUAAAACAAAAUGUCUUAGAACCACUGCAUCACCUACAGACUAAAGAGCUAAAGGAAGUGAUGCAUCACCGUAAGAAGUUGCAGGGACGACGCCUCGACUUUGACUGCAAGCGUCGCCGGCAAGCUAAAGACGAGGAGAUUCGUGGCGCCGAGGAGAAAUUUGCCGAAUCGCUGCAUUUAGCGCAAAUGGGCAUGUUUAACUUGCUCGAAAACGACACAGAACACGUGUCACAAUUGGUAACGUUCGCUGAGGCGCUUUACGAAUUCCACUCGCAGUGCGCAGAAAUACUGCGCGGCUUGCAGGAGACACUUCAUGAAAAGCGUGAGGAGGCCGAAGCCCGACCAAAAGCUGAAUUUGUGCCCAAGACGCUAUUGGAUCUCAAUCUUGAUGGCACCGGCGCUAACGACACGGACAGCGUGAGCACACCGGCACAUAGGGCUUCAGCGGCAUCACCGCUACCCUCGCCCUUGCGCUCACCAGCCAAGUCGCUGGUGGCGGGAGCCACUACACCACAGCGCCAGCAGCCUUGCUGCCAGGCACUGUACGAUUUUGAGCCAGAGAAUCCAGGCGAAUUGGGCUUCAAAGAAAACGAUACUAUUACGUUGUUAAGUCGCGUUGACGACAAUUGGUAUGAAGGCUCCUUGAAUGGACGCACCGGCUACUUCCCACAGUCAUAUGUGCAAGUUGUUGUACCACUGCCCAAUGGCAAUUAAGGGGAGCACGCUAAGCUGCAUUGAUGAGAGCAAAGCACUUCAUCAUCACUCCAUAAGCAACUAGUUGACAAACAAUAAUUAAUUAUUUAAAAUUAAAUCUAACGGUUAAUUAAAUUUAAAGCUGCUAAAAACAUUACAAACAAACUAAACAAAAAAAAAAACAAACAAAGAAAAUCGCAAACAAAUUGAAAUGUGUAUUUAUUAUAAUUAUUAAACUCAAUGGAAAUUAAGAUUUAUAAAAUUUCAAAGAUCAAUUCAUAAAUACUUCAAUUACAUUCAAUUCAAAAUGACGGUACUUUUAACCUGAUGUUUGUAAUCAAUAUAAAAUGAAAAUUGUGCUACUAUGAGUAUUUAUGUAACUCCUAUCUUAUUGCCUACCUAUCGGACUAAUAUUUCAUAAAGUUAUCACCCGCCAUUGUUGCCAUUCUUAAGUCAUCACAUACCAUAUACGAUAAACACAAACUUACACGAACUUACGCCCUGUUCCCAUUUCUUGCUCUUAACUUACCUGUAUUGUGUGUGUUGUUUUGUUAUUUAUAUUUAUAUAUGUAUUUAUUAAGCAUAAUACAAAAUAAUAUAUGCGUGUAUAUUUAUUAUAAAUCUUACAUUAAUCUCAUAUAUGUUUUCGAGGCGAAAUAAAAACAAAAAACAAAAGCAUAUAAGAAAAUAAAUUUAAAGAAACACGAGAGCGAGAGCUCCUAAAUUCCUAAAUACCUUAAAUAUACCUUAUACAUUUAUUGAAAAGACCUUACAUUAAAUAUAAAAACAAAACAUUAAAACUUACAAGUUAGAAGUAAAACCAUUUGAACUGUAUUGUAUUUCAAAGAAAAAACACACUGAUAUUAAAAAACAAAAGCGAAAAGUGUCAUAAGUGAAGCCACUAACUAAACGAAAUAUAAAAACUGAAAACAAAAUUUUGCAGUGGUCCAGAAAAGAAAACGGAUAGGUUUUACAAUUUUGCUGUGUUAAAAAAAAUUAUUUUAAUUUGUUAACAUUAUUAUUGUAAUUAAGCUGUUAAGUAACAAAAAAUAUAUAAUAGACAUGAGAAACAAACAUGUAUUGAAGCUCAUUUAAGAGGGCAAAUGUACGCAUGGGCUUGUGAUCCCAGUGCUGGAAGUGUGGUUUCAGAAAAUUUUAAAGUUUUUUUGCUUGAAGCAAACUAUGAGAUAAUCAGUGGUUGCAAGGCUAUUCGUAGGUUUGUUUGAAUAGCUUAAGCCGAAAAUCGCUAUACGUUUCUGUGUCAAAUAUGUUUAAAAACAAAAAGUUUGCUGCCUUUUAUAAAGAGCUACUUAGGGAGAGUUGUUGACGAAUCGAUAAAUAAAGUGAAGUCAAUUAGAAGAA